AUGAAAGAAGCCACCAGCAAGGAAAAUGAGAAGGCAAAUAAUGCAAAUACUGAAGUUGGCGAGCCACCUCAAGGAAUUGUCCAGGAUACGGCCGAAAUCACAGCUGCCCCCGAGACAAAAUAUCUCACUGGCCUUCCAUUACACCUCCUAGGGCUUGCGUUGAUGGCAUCGAUUUUCAUGAUUGCUUUGGAUCUUAGCAUUAUUACUACUGCUAUUCCCAAAAUCACAACCCGCUUCAAUAGCUUGGGAGACGUUGUCACUGGCUGGUAUGGGAGCGCCUACCUCCUCACCCAAAUGGCCUUCCAGCCGUCCUUCGGCAAGAUCUACACCUAUUUUGACCUAAAACUGACCUUCCUAACCUCCAUUGCCAUAUUCGAGGUAGGCUCAGUAGUAUGCGCUGCCGCUCCAAGCUCUAUGGCGUUCAUCAUCGGCAGAGCAGUGGCGGGGUUUGGCGCUGCUGGAAUCUUCUGUGGAGGUCUGGUAAUUGUAGCCAAUACUGUGCAUAUGCGCCUAAGACCUCUCUUUGUUGGUAUAGUGACGAGUAUGUAUGGCGUGGCAUCGGUCCUUGGACCAACGCUUGGAGGACUGAUGACAGAUUCCCCUCGGCUGACGUGGAGGUUCUGCUUCUGGGUAAACCUACCAUUUGGUGCCAUUGCAGUGGCUAUCGUCACGUUUGUUUUUAAGCCAACUACGGUUGUUAAAACUGGACUUUCGAUUCAACAAAAACUGGCCAAGUCGGGGAUUGCUCAUGUUGUUAUAUUGCUGGCUGAUUUGACUUGCCUGGUGUUGGCUCUACAGUGGGGAGGAUCUGUAUAUCCCUGGUCCAACUCUCGGGUUUGGGGCCUGCUUCUCGGAUUUGGGCUUCUCACCAUUCUAUUUAUCGGCCUACAGAUUCGAGGAAAGGAAGAAGCACUCAUCCCCCCACGAAUCGUCACCCAGCGAUCCGUCUCCAUCUGCUGUCUCUACGUCUCCUUCAUGCAACUUGCCAUCCUCGCACUCUCCUACUUCCUCCCAUUCUUCUUCCAAGCCGUUCAAGGCUCCAGCGCCAAAACCUCCGGCCUAAGCAUCCUCCCCUUCGGCAUCACCACCGCCAUCGCAACCCUAAUCAGCAGCGCCAUCGUCACCCUCAGCGGCAUCUACAUCCCCUUCAUGUGGCUCGGCGCUGCUCUCCUCGCCGUCGGCACCGGCCUCCUGCAUACCCUUCACCGCUCAAGCCUGAUGCGGGAGUGGUUCGGGUACCAGGUCAUCAGCGGGAUCGGCUUCGGAAUCGGCGUGCAGAUUCCGUUCUUCGCCAUCCAAGUCGUCCUCGACGCGGCUGAUAUUCCUGUUGCCGGCGCGCUGAUAGCGUUUUGUCAGUCUCUCGGUGGCACGAUUGGCGCGGCAGUCGCGCAGAAUGUCUUUCAGAGCUCGCUGGUGGGGAAUCUUAAUAAGAUCCCGGGCAUUGACGUAAACCGCGUGGUUAGUGCUGGGGGGGUUGGUGUGGUAGAUGUUGUCCCAGCUCCUCUGUUGGGAGGGGUGAGAGAUGCGUAUAAUGUUGCGAUUUCGUCGGCGUUUCUUGUUGCUGUGGCCUCUGCUGGUGUUUGCUUUGUGGCGAGCUUGGGAAUGGAGUGGAGGACGAUCCCAAGGACCAAGAAGAAGACGGACGAAUCGACAACGACAGUGAUGGCAUCCUGA